AUGAUGUCUAUUGCACACUUGCUAGCAUUGCUCCUUGGAGUGGUGGUUCUCACCACUCCCUCCCUUGGUACCUACGAGCCACCCAAUUAUGGGAAACCGCCUACUCCUGUUUACAAGCCUCCCGAGGUGAAGCCACCACCAAUUUAUAAACCUCCAAAGAAGCCAGAACCUAACCCACCCAAGCCCCCCGUAUAUGAACCUCCGAAGAAAGAGAAGCCAGAACCUAAGCCCCCAGUUUAUACACCUCCAAAGAAAGAGAAGCCAGAACCCAAGCCACCAGUAUAUGAACCUCCCAAGAAACCACCAGUUUAUGAGCCUAAGCCACCAAAGCCACCAGUUUAUGCACCACCGAAAAAAGAGAAGCCAGAACCCAAACCUCCAGUUUAUGAACCUCCAAAGAAGCCUCCAGUGUAUGAACCUAAGCCACCAAAGCCACCAGUUUAUGCACCUCCAAAGAAGGAGAAGCCAGAGCCCAAACCACCAGUGUAUGAACCUCCAAAGAAGCCUCCUGUGUAUGAACCUAAGCCACCAAAACCACCUGUUUAUGCACCUCCAAAAAAAGAGAAGCCAGAACCCAAGCCACCAGUAUAUGAACCUCCAAAGAAACCACCAGUAUACGAACCUAAGCCACCAAAGCCACCAGUUUAUGCACCUCCAAAGAAAGAGAAGCCAGAACCCAAACCACCAGUGUAUGAACCUCCAAAGAAGCCACCAGUGUAUGAACCUCCCAAGAAACCACCAGUGUACAAGCCACCAUAUGGUCACUAUCCAGGACACCCUCCAUUGGGGAAGCCUCAAUAGAAAGCCCCCAUCAGCUAGCCAUCUGAAUAACUGAGCUUCUAUGGCUAUAUAGAUAGAUCAGUACCUACAAAUAAGAGCUGCUGCCAACUCAUGCUUUAUUUUCACGUAUGUCAUGUAAUGAUGUUUUCUUGUAUGUCGUAUUUUAUGAGAAACCACUAGCUAGCGAGAAUGUUCGUGUCAGUACUGUUUGAAAUGUCUAUUCUAUAUCUUCUUGUUGCUCAAUGAGCAUAUCCUGAUUCAACUUAUAAGCCAAAUGCCAUCUGCAGGAGUUAUUAGUAACAGAUUUUUCUUGCAUUUCCAUGCAUGUGUCCCUUUUG